AUGGGAAAUAAAGAGCAAAUUGUAGAAGAAGAAAUUGUGUUGAAAAUUUACAUGCAUUGUGAAGGAUGUGUUUCAAAGGUUAUCAAUUGCUUGACAGGUUUUGAAGGGAUUGAAGAAGUGAAGGCAGAUAUGAAAAGUAAUAGAGUGGUAGUGAAGGGACAAAAGGCUGGUCCAUUGAAGGUCUUGGAAAGAGUUAAGAAGAAAUACAGUACGAAUGUUGAGCUUAUUUCUCCCAAACCAAAAAUUGUACCUAAUGAUCACAAAGUACAAGAGCUACCAAAGAAACAAGAGAUUAUAAUUGAAGUUGUUUCACUUAAAAUGAACAUACACUGUGAAGGUUGCGCAAAUGAUAUUAAGAAAAGUAUAGAGAAAAUGAAAGGGAUUUUAAACGUGGAAGCAGAUAUGAAGAAGUCGAUGGUGACGAUUACAGGAAGUUUGGGUGCAUCAAAUAUUGCUGAAACCAUAAGGCGACGACUGGGAAAACAUGUUGAAAUUGUGGCAGUGGAAUCCAAGGAUAAAAAGAAAAACAACGACAAGGGAAAUGAAAAGAGCAACAAAAAGGGGGAGGAAGAAAAGAUUGUAGUGUUAAAUUACCCUCCACAAUAUUCCGCACAAAAUAUUUGUCCCAAUCAAAUUUUUAGCAACCAAAAUAUAUUUUCAUGCUCCAUAAUGUGA